AUGAUAUCAAAUAAGAUUACUAAUAAGCGAAUCUUUAAUGAAAAGGAUUCAAAAUAUGCAUAUGUACCAAUCGAUGCAAAUGAUGAUGAACCAACACUGAUCAGUUAUGCUGGACGAUAUAAGAAGAAUGAAUCUCGUUCGAGACAGAGUUCCGAUGAUAGUCAAACAAUAAUUUCACAUACGACAAGUAAACAAAAAAUUGAUCGUCCUAAUCCAAAUUCUAAUAGCUGGGCAACAGUACCACGAGGAUGGGAUGUUUUUCGCUUACUACCACCACCACCGGAUAAUUUGAAUCGAGGUUUCUGGUACGAUGUGAGUUUGCAGAUAUUAAAAAUAACCUGUUUUUGUGUACUCUUCAUUCUAACACUCUUAAGUGCUAUCAUUUCAAAAGCAACAUUUCUGCUGAUGACCUCAGCAAUUGGUACCAUUAAAAUGAAUCUGACCAUUUGUAAUGACAAAAUUCCCGAAAGUCCUAUUAAUCAGGUGGAAAUAUUGCCAAUGCACGUGGUAAAAUGGAUUUGGGCAGUAUAUAUUUCACUAUGCAUUCCGGAACUGCAAUGCUUCAUCGGAUCCAUUCAUCGAGCUUUCUUCCGCAAUGUCAAAAAGCCGACAUUUGCGCAAUUUAUUAUUGUUUUUGUGGUGGAAACUUUAAAUGCUAUUGGUGUUAGUAUAUUAGCAUUUAAAAUACUGCCUAAUUUGGAUGCUAUUACAGGAGCAAUGCUUACUAAUUUUGCAUGCUUCGUGCCCAGCAUUUUAUUGUUAUUAAGUCGUCGACCAAAUCGUUUAGCUAUAUUACUUAUGGCCAUUGAUACUCUUUGUAUUAUUGUACAAAUUAUCGCAUUAUGGACAAUUCCAAAUCUCAAUGCAUCACUACAAAAGUUCAAAUUUAUUUUACCAUUUUGCUUGAUAUUAAUAUCGCUUGGUUGGUGGCAAAAUUUCGUACACAUUGAAAGUGCCUUAGCACCAAUUCGUGCAUUGGCGAGAUUUGCUGUAACGUUAAAUGAACGACGUUCGAAGACUUACGUUCUAAUUUCAAUUUGGAAAUGUAUCGUUUAUUUGCUUAUGGUUUUCUUAGUACUUACCAAUAAUUUAACAUCAAAAGAUCUCUUCGAAAAUGAUCCAUUCGGAGAAAAACUGCAAACAAUUAUUGCUCGAAAUUUGAAUCAAACUCAAAUCAAUAAAUUCUAUGAACGUAUGAAAAUUGAAAUAGCUAAGAAUGAGAACGGUGAAAUGUCAUCUGUAAAUGCUUUGAAAUUUGUUGGAAUGCAAAUGAUGAAACCAUCUCUUGUAUUGAAAAGUUAUCGUAAUCGUAAUCUAAUCAAUCAAUGGAACUAUCAUAAUCCACAAUUUUUUCCUGAUCAAAGUCAAUCAGUACAACACAAAUUACCUGCCUUAUCACCUGUCUUAUCAACGACAACACAAUCACUUCAACCUCAAAAAAUUAAUAAACAUAAUAAUGGUCACAGUAUGAUACCUUAUUCAACAGAUAUUGAUAGUAAUUUUGAAUCAAAUGAUUCAUCACAGAAUUCAUUCAGAGAACAGUUUGAAAAAUUUACGAAAAAUCGACAGAAACGGACAAUUGAUGAUGAUGAUGAAUAUGAAAUACCACCAAAUACUUAUAAUAUAUACGAUGAUUACGUAGAAUUAAAUCAGUAUACAACUUCAUUUGAUGCUCUUUGGAUUGUUCUUGUUCAAGCUAUAGCUGUAAUACUUACCUAUCACACUUCUAAAUUUGCUUGCAAGGUAAUGUUACAACGAACCUGUUUUGCACUACCUGUGGUACUUAGUGUUCCGGCAACUGUUGCAGUAUUGUUGGCAAUGUGCAGAAAGCGAUACAUCGAUGCUUGUCAUUCAACUAAUUUUCUUCCCAAAGAAUUAUUCUGGCGUUGUAAUACUGCAAAAAAUUUAUCGGAAUUUUUCCUCUCGCCAUUGACACAAAUUUGGUUUGCUAUUUUAAUGGUGCAAUUAUGGAUAACAUUGCAUCUUUGGAGGCCACGUCAUGAAAGACUUGCUAAAACUGCCAAACUAUUCAUUCUACCCUACAAUAGUGCUCUAUUCACGGAUCAAUGUUUGGCAUUAAAUCGAAGAUGUGAUGAUAAAACAAAAAUUCGAACUGAGGAUUUGGAUUUCGAUGUAGAAGACUUAUCAACACGUAACAUAAAUUCUGGAUUGACGUAUAUAAAACCCACUGCUUCAUCACUAUCAAGUGAUUCGACGACUAAAGUAAUCGAAACAGCUAUGAUAAAGGAAAUGGCAUCAUCUGCAGAUGCAGUGACAAAAAUUUACGUUUGUGCAACAAUGUGGCAUGAAACUGCACUCGAGAUGACUUGCAUGCUGAAAAGUAUCUUUCGUCUUGAUGAGGACCAAUGCGCCCGAAGAAAUGCUCAAAAAUAUCUUAAAAUUAUCGAUCCAGAUUACUAUGAAUUCGAAGCGCAUAUAUUUUUCGAUGAUGCGUUUGAAAUAAACGAAUAUGGUGAACCUGUAAUUAAUAAAUUUGUUCAACAAUUAAUUGAAAAAAUUGAUGAAGCAGCCAGUGCCUUGCACCAAACUCAGAUGAAACUUAAAUCACCGAAAAAAAUUUCAACUCCAUAUGGUGGACGAUUGAGUUUUAUUAUGCCUGGCAAGAAUAGAUUAACGAUACAUUUAAAAGAUAAACAAAAAAUUCGCGUUCGAAAACGUUGGAGUCAAGUGAUGUAUCUAUACUAUUUGUUGGGUUAUCAAUUAAUGAUGAAAGUGGAUGAUGAAAUGAGGAAAGAAAUAAUCUCAGAGAAUACUUUCAUUCUAACCUUAGAUGGCGACGUGGACUUUUCGCCUCAGUGUGUUCAUUUACUUAUCGAUUUGAUGAAGAAAGAUCGACGUCUUGGAGCAGCGUGCGGUCGAAUACAUCCACGUGGAACUGGUUUAAUGAUAUGGUAUCAAAAAUUUGAAUAUGCAAUUGGACAUUGGUUGCAAAAAGCAACUGAACAUAUGAUUGGCUGUGUACUUUGCUCACCUGGAUGCUUCUCAUUAUUUCGAUCAUUGGCUUUGAUGGAUGAUAAUGUUACUAGACGAUAUGCAUCUAAGGCCGAAAACCCAGUUGAUUUUAUUCAAUAUGAUCAGGGUGAAGAUCGUUGGUUAUGUACUUUACUUUUACAACGAGGUUAUCGGGUUGAGUAUUGUGCAGCAUCAGACGCAUUAACUUAUGCGCCAGAAGGUUUCAAUGAAUUUUUCAAUCAGCGCCGUCGUUGGAUACCAUCUACAUUGGCAAAUAUUAUUGAUCUGUUGCAAGAUUACAAGAAUGUUAUCAAUGUGAAUGAAUCAAUUUCCAUUUGGUAUAUAUUAUAUCAAUGCAUAAUGCUAAUCUCAUCAAUUCUUGGCCCUGGGACAAUUUUUUUGAUGGUUGUUGGUGCCUUAUCCAUAUCAUUUAAUAUUGACACUUCAUUGUCAUUAUUUAUUGUUACUUUACCAGUUGCAUUAUUUUGUUUUAUGUGUUUUAUAAGUGAUUCAGAGAAACAGUUAAUGGCAGCGCAAAUUAUCGGUGCACUAUUUGCUAUGCUAAUGACAGCUGUAAUUGUUGGAACAGUAAUACAAAUGCAAAAAGAUGGUAUCAUGUCACCACAUUCGAUAUUUUUACUUUUUGUUAUUGGAAGUUUCUUCACCGCUGCUAUAUUACAUCCACUAGAAUUUACCUGUAUAACACCGGGAAUUCUAUAUUUCCUGGCAAUACCAUGCAUGUAUAUGUUACUUCCAAUCUAUAGUUUAUGCAAUUUGAAUAAUAUUGCUUGGGGAACACGAGAAAAUCCAAAAGUGGAAGGAAAUGAUUCUAUACGACAAAAGCGCCCCAAACAUAUUGACCUAAUAAGCAAUAAUGCUGUCAAUAAUGAGGCGGACGGUGAAAUAGCAAUUGGUUGUGGCGCAGCUUGUCGCUUAAUAUGUUGUUUGAGAGAUAAAUCAGCGGAAACAGCACAGAUUUGGCAAUUAAGUGGUAAAGUUAAUGAAAUGAUGGAUAAGUUAGAUUGCAUUGGAUUGCAAUCAACGGGAAUGCCAAUAUCAACUCGAACAGUUCAUACAAAAGCACUGGCAAAUAAUUCAGAAUUAGCUAAAUGGGAGAAUAAUUCAAUUAAGGAAGAUCAGACAGAUGUAGAAGAUGAUCGUGAUAUAACUGAUCAGUCAGCUGCUGCUAUGCGUAAUCGUAAAUGGAAUUCUAAAAUAAGCGAAGUAUGGUUAAAUGAUAAAUGCAUUCGAGGAGCGGAAAAAGAUUGCUUGGAUCCGGAUGAGGAAAUUUUCUGGAAUGAUGUUAUCAAUAAAUAUUUAACACCAAUUAUUCAUAAUCAGUUAGAGCAGAAAAAUAUUAGAGAUGGUCUAAUGUUACUAAGAAAUAAGGUUUGUUCAGGAUUUUUUAUGGUAAAUGUCGUAUUUAUCAUUAUUGUACUUUUGCUGCAAUUACAAAAAGAUUGCAUUCAUAUUGAAUGGCCAUUAGGUCCACGUUAUAAUCAUACGAUCAUUCCAUGCAACACGGAUAUUCGGGAACCAAUUUGGGUAGUUACACGAUUGCAGUUAGAACCAAUCGGAUUAGUCUUUCUACUUUUCUUCAUGUCCAUUCUUAUCAUUCAGUUCAUAGGAAUGUUAUUGCAUCGUUUUGGUACUAUGGCGCAUAUAAUUGCGUCAACGCAAUUAUUUUGUUGGCGUAAACGUGUGGAUCAUUUGACGGAAGAUGAAUUGGUUGUACAAAAUGCAGUUGAAAUAGCACGUGAGCUACAAGCUAUCCGUGGAGUUGACGAACCCAAUGAAAAUGCUCCAUCAGAGGAGCAAGCAAUCUCACGUCGAAAUAUUGUUCGCAAUCUAGAAUCUUCCAAGCGUUCAAUGUAUCGACCGAAAACGGAAACGCUUGAUGCUGCAUUCAGGAAACGUUUCUUUGCGCUAUCAAUUAACAAAGCAGUUGAUCGUUCUAAUAGUGAAAGACGUCUGACAUUACGUCGGAACACCAUUCGCGCUAUUGAACGACGUCGGAAUUCUAUUUUUGGGAAUCAACAACCAAAUGAAGAUGAAGCAGUAUCAUUGAUGACAGAUCGACGACAAAUAACAAAUGUUGAAAAUUCUAAUGCAACGCGACGAAGCAAUCUUUUACAUUUAUUCGACAAUCCGUUAAAUGAUUCCGGAAAUAAAACAUAA